AUGGAAUUAGGACGGAUAACCAACUCACCGUACUACCCGCAGUCGCGUCUUAGCCAUCCGCCGACGAUUCCCCGCGCGGAUCUAUCGAAACCGUCACAUCGUAUAGGCGGCCGACGGCGGCGGUUAGCGCUCAGCGUCCGCACACCGAGACAAUUGCCUCUCAAGGACGCUCCUAGAUGCGAGAUAAGAACAAUUGGUAAACAAAACGGGCCGGCGCGUGCCGUCCGACACGGCUUCGGACGCGAAAACAAACAAUGUCCCAUUGUCUCGCGGACCGCGGCGCUCUCGUGGGCCGCGGUAAUUGGCCGCCCCGCGCGUAUAUCCGCUGUCCGGAAGCGGAUCCUCAAAGUU